AUGUCCGCAGCAGUUGAGAGUAAAGAAGAUCUUGCCCCCGUUGCGAGCAUCACAGAGGAGAACACCAACAACUACGAGGUUGCCAGUGCGAAGACCAGUGACACUGAACCGGCUAAGGAAAACACCCCUCCAGUGAAACAGGCUGUCAAUCUGACCCCAGCACCUCUGCCAACGAAAUCGCCAUGGAAAUCCGUCGAGACUGAAGUCCCCACGUCUGCAAUUGCGAUCGAAAGAUCAGACUCCAACAAAAAGAAGUCGAGAGGACCAACUCCCGUUUUGAAAUCGUCUGCCUCCACGAAAUGGGUGCCAAUUGAGGUCUCCAUCACAAUCUCUUCCGGCAAACAGGGAAGCGGGAAUGGUGGCAGCAGAAGACAGAACUCGGGCAAGGGACCCAACGCCACCACCGGUCAAAAGAAGAAGAGACAGGGUUCUAAGAAACAGCCAAAGGGUAAGCAAAACGAGAAAUCUGCUGAGGAAAACGCAGUCGCAUCAACUGCUGAAUCAGACAAUGUGAAACAAGAGCAGCAAGUAAACGCAGAUGCAGACGCAAACACAGAGGAGAAAACGUCAGCCGAUAACGAAAACUCAGAAACCUCCAGAAACCACCACCAGCACCAACACCAGCAGCACAACGGCAGCAAUGACAACAGCAAUCAGAAACCUCAGAAAAACCAAAGAAGGUAUCUUAAGAACAGACCGCAUCAGAACGGGACCGCGAACGACCAGAAUCAAGACAGCAUGUACCAAACGAAAAAGUACCACCACAACGGCGAAUCCCAGGACAACAGCCACAGGCGCCGUUCCUCGCCAAACAACAGACGGUACCAGCAACCGAAACAGCUGCUGCAGUUGCAACAGUACAUAUAUCCAUACUGGCCCACAACAAGAGCGAUCAACACGGUGGCUAACCAAAUGGAAUACUACUUCAGUGACGAAAACUUGGAGAAGGACAACUUUUUGAAGAGCAAUUUCUUGAAGGAUGGGUUUGUCCCCAUGAGUGUUGUCAACACAUUUUCCAGAAUGAGACAGUUCUCCUUUGGUGGCGACCCACAGAACAUCUUCGCAUCGCUGAGGGAAAUCGUCGCAAAUGAAAACUCGACUAUCGACGUUGCCCAGGCCUCUUUGAAGAAGGACGGCAUCGAGGUGAACGUCACUGGCGAGGAUCCAUUCGAAAGAUUCUUCCUACGUGCUAAGGACUGGGAGAAAUGGACACAAAAGGAUGCGACUCCAAAGCAGGAACUGACGGUGGAGGCAAUUUUAACUGGCGACGUGUUGGAUGACUUUGGAAUGAAGGUGAUCAACAUCCCAAGAUCCGCAUACCCACAGCAAUACAACAACAGCCAACACAACUACCACCACGAGCAUGAACAUGAGCACGAACAUGAACACGAACACAACCAAAGUCAAGCCACCUCCACCUCCAGCACUCCUGAAAACUCUGCACAAUCUACUGAGGAAGACGCCCAGCCAGAAAAUGGGGCAAAAGCCGACCAUGCAGUGGAAGUUCAACCAGAAUCCGCAUAA